AUGUCUCCGGUAGACAAUAGCUCCUCCCUCCCCGUCCCUAUAAUCGCCGUCCGCCCCGGUCUGCCCUCCCCCGCCCGGCCCACUGGUGCCCUUCCGUCCCCCGAUCCCGCACAGGCGCUCCGCCGCGCAAUGCACCACGUCUCCUUCGUGCCCCGGCCCUUCCCCCCGCCCGCCCUCGCAGACGUCCCUCUCGAGUACAUCGUCAACCAGCUCCACCGCCUCGCGUCCCACUACUGGAGCAGGCCCGAGACGUCCGACUGCACCAUUGUUGUUUCACUGGAUAACGAACCCGCCAACAAGAUGCACGCUCCCCCCAGCGUAUGCGACGCGUUCCAGCACAUGGGCAUCCGGUCCGACGACCCCCUCGUCGACGAUGCUUCCGCGAACGCUGCACGCGCCGCGCCCAAGUCUGUUCGGCCACGACGAAUGAUCAUGAAGCUCCAUAUGGACUACCUGUGUGCCCAUUCCGCCCUCUUCCGCGGCCUGCUCAGCGGCGCGUCCACCUUCGACCUCGCCCCGGACGCGUCCAUGCUGCGCCCAGGGUCCCCCACAUCCGCGCCCUCUCCCGCACUCUCGCGCCAGUCGUCGGUCUCCUCCCUCAAGGUCCCCUGCAUCCUCCCGUCCUCGACCCCCACGCACCCUGUCGUCCACCUCCCCAUCCCCGACCCCGCGUCCUUCCACCAUCUCGUGCAUUACAUCUACUUCGGCUCCACCGCGUUCAUCGAGGACGGGCUUGACAAGGGCGACCUCGCCUGGGAGGGCAUCGCUCGCAACGUCGAGUUCCUCCGGAUGGGGUCCGAGAUCAAGCAGUUCCUCGGCCGCUACUGGCGCCGGUCGCACACCUACUCCGACUACUCCGAGACCGACUCGGACGGCGAGGCCGAGUACAACUCGGACCUCGACGAGUCGAGCGAUGACGACAUGGACUACGGGAUGUCCGACGAGGACGAAUCGACGCUCGCCGACCCGGACGAGGAGGGCAUGUGCCUCGCCGACGAUGAGGACGACGACUUCGGCGUCCUCAAGGCGAAGGCGAAGGCCCGCGCCGCUGCCCAGCGCGAGCCACCCCGCGGCCGACAGCGCGCCCAGCGGCGGCUCGGGCACUCUUCCUCUGACCCGGUGAUCAGCCACCGUGUCGCUGGAGCAGGGCCCUCUGCGCCUCGCCGUACCAGCCGCCAUUAG